UCUCGUCCACUUCCAGCGGUGUAUCACCGGCCACAUCCAUCUUCUCCUGGUGCUGAGGAGUUGAGGUGUCUUGGGAAUUGCUCAUGGCGAACAAUAUAACUGAUUAGGAAAAGGAAGUAGAUUUGGGAAAGUAUGAACGGCUUGUCGAGUAAGAAGUAGAGAAGUCAAAGAAGUGUUCGGUAAUGAAGUUGAGAAAGAGAAGAGGAGUAAGAGAAGAGAAGGGAGAAGGGAAGGUACGCAAGAUUGGCCAGGAACCCACCGGGGAAGAAGAGGUCGGUUCCCAAUCCAGUCUUUCUUCUCUUCCAAUUCAUUUCCUCUGCCCAUUCAUUCAUUCAUUCAUCAUCAUCAUCAUCAUCAUCAUCAUCAUCAUCAUCAUCAUCAUCUCCUUACUCACACUCACCCUUGCCCAGUGGUCAAUAUCAGAAGAUUCAGCUUGCCUGUGAUAGAUAUACCACUACACAUAAGCUUUACGCCCACGCGUGGCUGCAAGCAUUGUAAGCC